AACAAAACAAGGACCAUGCGUAUCGUGCUCGUAUUUUAAUUCCUUUACAAGUAAUUUAAUAAUAUUUGUGAUAAAUUGUUUCAGAAACAGAAUUAAAUAUGCCACUGAACCCACUUAAUGAGCUGAAGCGUCGUUUGGAUGAUGACGCGAUCCCCCUACCGAAGAGGCUCUGCCUCGCCAAGAACAUAGUUCUUUCCCACCACUUCCCCGCGGCCCCAAAAGAAGGCAUUGUUGCAUCUUGGCUUGUAGGGUUAGCGGAGAAUAACAAACUAGAUGGGAAGGAGCUGAAAGAUGUCCUCGGAUGGAUCAAUGUGGACGAACUGACUGGUGAAUUGAAGUGUAAAAUGAUACAGGUAGUAUCGCAAUAUCUACAGCAAAACUCAAUUCAAGAUGACAACAUUCAAUAUGUUUUAACAUUCUUAAACAAUGAGAAAAUCUCUUCCCAACUGACUCAGCAAAUAGAUGACUACUUAAUUAUCGUUAUAACACUCUUGAAAUACUUAAAAAAUGAAGAAACUACAAACAUUACAAUGUGCGAAGGAAUACUGAACAAUAUAGUAAAAUAUUACAAGGAAUGUAAGAAAAAGUUAGAAUUUAUUAUGAAAUUAUUAGAUGGGGAGAAUUUGGAAACGGUGUUCAGUUAUUUAAACACAGACUCCCAUAACACAGUUAUACAUGUUUGCCAGAAUGUCCUCUUUCCAAUGAACAAGAAGUCCUUCUUUGUAAGUUUUCUACAAACAUUAAUAAGGAAAGAUAAUAUUGAUGAUUUAAUGGCAGAAAAGGGAGAUAAUAUUCAGUCGGUGUUGAAAAUUAUGAGCACAUUCUUCACAUUCCCAAUAGGAAGGACGGAGAAGAAUCAGAAAUUCUUAUCAGAUUUUAUUGAUGUGUUCGUAAGUUGCUUCAGAAGCGAAAGUCAACUGAUUUUCGCAUUUUAUAUCAUGGUAGUCAACUCCUUAAAUAUGAGCCAAGCUUACCUAUCGCCUGCUAUGAAAAUGCCACCGAUAGUCUUCGAAGAACACGAUGAUAAGAUUAAAAGAAACUUGUUUUUAAAACUACUUGAAGUAUUAUUGAAAAAUGAAGUUGACAUAAGUGUCCGAUUAACUGAUACAUUUGGCGAAAAGAUAUCAAAAGUUGAGAUAAAAAAGACCUUUAUGUCUUUCCUACAAGCAGUAAUGAUAAAUCAACUAAAACUCGAAGGCAAAGUCGACAAAAGCACUCUACAAAUAAUAAAGACCGCUUUAAGAUUAGAUCCAGGGUUGGUGGAGCAAAAAAUUAACCAAAUUCUACCACCACUAAUGACGGUAAAGAAAACCAGUUCAAGCAUAAAUGAGUCCUACAUAGAAAUGUUAAAUUGUCUUUUGGAAACACUUUUCAAACUAAGUAGAGCUACAAUAUUCUUAAAUCAAAUUCUACCACACGUUAAACUAUGUUUGGAGGCUAGCAACACUGAACAGUUUGAAUUGAAACAAAAGAUAAAAGAGUGCAUAGAUAAUGAAACAGAUUGUGAGAAGUUAAAAAAUAAAUUAAUAACUGGAUGUGACGUAAUUCCUCAAGAAUGCGUAGAAAUGUAUGGGAAGUCGACAUCAGAGUUGAUGUUUAGGCAGAAUAAAGAGUUGCUGGUGUCACUUCAGAAAGACUUUGAAGAACAUUGUCUGAUGAUGCUCGAGGAAGGAUUUGUCAGUCCUUCAAUCAUAACGCUAGCGGAAGUGCUGUCGGCCAUUUUGUCGAGUUUUCUGCGACACAGCAAAAUGGCGGACCACACGGUGCCAAAGCAAAUAUCUGUGGAUUUCUGGACGGCUUUCCAGAAGUUUGAAGAAGAAUGUUUGGGGAAGUUUGGAGAAUGCAUUUUGAAGCUUAAUUAUAAUCCGCAACUUGGCAAAGCGUUUCUCAACCUCUGCCUCAGUGUUGCCCACUUAAAGCUGCUCAACCUGAAGUACAGCAACACCAAACUUGACAUUACUGCGACGGAUACAUCGCAGGUGUUGGACUUGAGUGUGUUACUGCCAUGUCUUAGUGCUGAGCAAUGGACAGCACUUACUUCGAAGGUUGAUGAAGAUGAGGCAGUUUUAAUAUUGGACAAUCUUCUCCUAGCCAAAACUAUGGCUCUGCAUUUGUUAACACUAAAAUCGGAAACCGACCAAACGCAAAAUUUAUCAGACACAAAAACCCAUCUUAUAAAGCAAUUGUCGUCAAAUUGUAAUAUUUUGAAUAAUAGUGGUUUUUGCACAAUACUCUUUAGUAAUUUGGAGAAAGGUCAGGUAAAGAACGUAGCGAAAAACAUAGUGAGAACGUAUUUGAGUAAUCCAGAACUAGAAAUUCUGAAGUCAGAAGCUGUUGCAAGCAACAGACUAUUGCUAAAUGCUAUCGUCUUAGAAACUUGUAAGAAUAUGAGCAAAUGUUUUGACAACAUGGAAGAUUUUACUAAAGCAAUGAACAAGAGUGAUUUCGACUUCUCUUUCGUCAAAGAAGUUGAUAUUAAAGAUUAUUUUGGACAAAUUAAUGUUAAAGAAGAUCAUGAUGCCACAAUUUCAAACUGCAUCAACUUACUGAAGCAAAUACCAUUGCCAUAUCUGGAAGAAUCCUACCAAUUAGUAGCGAUCUUUAUGGUGUUAGCAACGAAAAAAUGUUGCCAGAAGAAAAUUAGAAAGAAUGCCGACCAUGUCUUGUUGAAUACCUUCGAAGUGAGUCCCAAAUAUCCAGAUUUAUACAAAAUCUUUCCAGUUGAAUUCAUAUUUGACUUCAAAAGUAAAGAAAUUAUUAACCUGCUGACUUUAAAAAUCAAGACGUCAAAUAAUAUGUUUGUGAUUAAAAGUAUUUUGGAGUCUGCAGUAAAAAAAGUCAAGACAGAUAGCGACAUUGUGAAAAAAUUGGUAGAAUUACUGCUUACAAAACAAAGUAGUAAAAAGCAGGACAUUUCCAACAUAGAAUAUUUCAGUGAACCUGUCUUCCAGAUAACUUGUUUAAUUCUACCGAUAAUAGCCAAGGAAAAGAAAGCUAUAACUACUAGCGCCUAUAGGUCCAUAUUAGCAAACUUACAAGAAAAGCUACACAAAUCCAUAUUAGACUGCCUAACGAACAUAGAUUUUGAAAAUAGUAGUUUAUUUAACGAAACAAAUGGCGACAUUGACGAAAGUAUGGUAGUUUCUGAGAACACGUUGGCAGCACUGAACGCAAUGGCGUCUUACUCGCUCACUCUUUCGAAGCAUUGUGAGACGGGGGAUGCAGAAGAAAUAAAAAAAUUGGUUUGUCUUUGGUCCGGUUUGGAGUUCUUCGUGCAAAAUGCUAUACAAUCAAUACAAAACCCAUCAUCGCGCCAACAACACGUCGAGUCGUCCGUGCAACUGUUAAACGUCAUUCUGCGGCAUGUCAAGAAGCUAGCAUCGCAUAGAAUCUUCGAGAAAAAAGACCAAUUGUUCACUCAAAUUUGGAAGAGCGUUAUCGCGCGACUGGCCAUAGUACAUGGCGAGGAAAAGAGGGUAGUUUUAGAAGAUAUUGCCGUCACUUUAAAGUUCUUGUGUGAACUUACCUCUGUUGAGUGUUUCGUUAAUACUUUUGUUGGGGAUAUGAACGCUUUGGGAGUUUUUAAGAAACCAUCAGAAAUAUCGAAAGAGGUGCCCUCAACAACACUCACCAGUCAUAAAGUGUCCAAAUACCUUUUCACACAAUGUUUAAAAGCCAACAUAGUAGGGUCUAAAUGUCUAGCCCUGUCUAGAUACCUAGCUAAAACAUGCAAGGACAUCCGUGUAUGGAUCAGCACGUACUAUGAAGAAAGUGAGAUGAAGAAGAAAGUUGGUGAAGAAAAAGUAAUGAAAAUAGACGAUGUUGUCUGCAGUAUUUUGAGGGUAGAUUUGGAUAUUGUUGCUGAAGGGGUUUUGGCGGCGAAAAAGAUUCACCUACAUUCCAAACUCCUCGACUCGAUAUUCUCGCUACAUCACCAAGUCAAUUACAUGGCAACACUGUGUGACAGCUGGCAAUACUUGAAGCUGUUUGAAGGCUGUGUGGCUAUACUCAAUAGUUUGCAGCUCUCUAGGGAUGAGAUGUUACAAGACAGGUGGCCAAACUUCAUGCAAUGUUACCGCGAGCUCGUGGUCACCAUGUGUCAACGGUUCACGUCAAACGACCAGCUGGAGCGAGGUGUCGAGGAGAAACUGGCUGAAAUCGCGCAUAAUAUUGAGAAGUUAACCCAAUCGGUCUGCAAACGCAAGGAGCACGUGAAAGGCAUAGCUGCGUACUGUGUGGCCGACCUGUGCUGGCUACUGGAACACUCGCCGCACAAGAUGGCGCGCGUCUAUGUCGAGAAGUGUGCCGCUUUGUUACUGCAGGUGGCAGAUUCAACGUACGCCGCAGCGUUCCUGCGUCGCGCACUAGCUUCAUCACCUGGUCACGUUACUUUAGCCAAUAUGUAUACCAUGUAUAAGAGAUACCAUAAAUACGUCGGUAACUCAUAAGUAGUUACAAUAGGGAGUUUCCAACUAGUCAAAUCAGUUACUUUUUUCUAAACGUCAAAACACGAAAUUACUAUGGAAUUUGUAGGAAAAAGCAACCUGUGACGCCAUAGAAAACGUGACAAAAUGUCGCACUUAUUAUUACAUUUUUCUUUAUUUAUAUUCAUAAGUCUUGUUAGUGUAUUUAUUUAGUAAUCAGAAUUUCAUAACUAUUUUACUAUUUUUAUUUGACGUAUGAAACUACUCAAUUACCUAUUAGCUACCUAUAGAAAACAAGACGAGGUGCGCUUUCAUUUAAACACCCGAUUCCGUAACACAGUUGUUUUAAUUAAAACACAAUACAGGUUGUUACCGCGUUACAAUCAGGGAUAACAAAAUAGUGGGAAUCAGAGAGUCUCAUAUCCCUGAUUGUAACACGGUAAUUGUCCGGUAUUACGUUUUAAUUAUGAUAAUAACCGCGUAAUCCUGUUGUUUUAAGUUUAAAUUGUUAAGAUGUUCAUUAUCUUUUAUAUACUUAGAAUUAUUAAAUACAUACGUCUUUUAUUGGCCGUAUGAAACAUUAUUAUAAGUAAUAAAUUGCUGAAUUUGUAUACUGUACAAGAUUUGUAUGAAAUAUCAAUAACAUAAGUAGAAUUUGUUGCAAAGAAAUAAAGAAGUUACAACUACGCA